AUGACGGCCUUCAUGUUGAGUGCGCCAGGGCGGCCGCUAUCGCGGCUUGCUAGCAUUGAGAACGAGGGAGAAGAGAGUCAAGACGAGAGACAGGAAAGAAAAGAGGGCGCUGGGACACCAGGCGAACAGCGGGUGACUGCACAAGACCUGUCAGAUUUCAUGAAGAACUGCGUUGCAUCCAGAUAUCGAGAUGUCGAUGUCCUCGACGUUGUUGCUGAUGUCCUCGGCUCCCUCGUGAUUGGUUCCGCGGAUGCGCCGCUCCUGGUUGAUAUUGCUAGCUCCUGCACCGAGCUCUCUCUGCUGCGCCCUAAGCUGUUCACCGCUAUUGCAUCCCGCCUCCUUGUCCUUCCACUGUCUGUCUCCGAGCCUUCUCCGCCGGUAUCAGCUCCCUUGUCUCCUAAUCAAGCUAUCCGCCUGAUCGAGGCGUUCAGCCGCCAGCAUAUUCGCCAUCCAGACGUGCUUCCGCGUCUGCUGUCGUCGUUGUCGCCCUCGCUCUCGUCACUGUCUCCUCGCCUCGCCUCUCGUCUGUUCUACGCCCUCGCUGGUUUGGGGAAAACCGCGGCGCCUGCUGAAACAUUGCAGGUUCUCCUCAGUCGCAUUGGCAGCGGCCUAAAAGGCACCGACGGCACGAGCUGCGAGGGCAACGCGCGCGACGUGGAGGAGACAGGAACACAGGGGCAGCGGCCGCAAAUGACGUUGCCGGAUUUGGCCAAAGCUGCACACGCGCUGCUUCUCCUGGAAAUGGAAGUCGAGCAGAAACCUUUCCUUGAAAGCCUCGUGACCGCGAUGGCGCCGGAAAUCUUUGAGCGCCCCGUCGACUUCUGGUCGCGCACUGCGGCGGCUUCUCUUCACAAGCGGCUGCUGCUCCUUCGGACUGCGCUCCGCCACCUACACCGAGACACGAUCUACAACUCUCUCCCACCUAUCGUCCGGCAGGCUUUCCGACGGCUUCACAGGAUUGAAAUCGCGUCGCCUCCGCGGUCUCCCACGUACUUUGUGACCCGUAUGAGCGCGUUGUUGACGCGCCUCCGGAUUGCACACUUCUGUUACGCCACCCGAGGCCCGUUGGUGUUCGACGUUCUCGAGCGCGACCGGCCUAUUGUCUGGCAGUGCAACACAGUGGAUCGGUUCUACGUCAAUAGUGCUGAGAAGACAACCGCCGUGAAACUUCAGGAGCGCAUUACCCAGGCUAUGGGCCUUCGGGUGGUCAACUGCGAAUACUGGCAGUGGAUGAAGAUGAAGCGAAAGCGUACCCGUCUGGAAUACAUUCGCAUGCAAAGAUACUACACGUUAAAGGACCGAAGACAGCACGACCCGGACUUUGAGGGGUGGACUCUGCCGCUUGUGCACCACAUGCACCGCCGGAACCGCCUCCACUACGACUACUACUUCCCGAACUAUACCCCGCUUUCUCGAGUCGAAUACUGA